AUUAUAAUUUAACAGACAGCAGCAGCAAAGAGGUGCCGAAAGCACAUGAUGGAAACUGACGACUUCUUGUCAAUAAACCUUGAUGGCUUUGUCAUGGAUUCAAUAACAAUAUCCACUGCUUAUUCGAAGAUGAAGAACCUCUGCUCCAACAUAUCAAAUGAAAUCCAGGCAGAUAUUAAGAUCCAUAACCAACAUAUACUUCCUAGUUCAAUUGAUCUCUCUAGCAUAACGGCAUCAGUUUAUAGCACUGAAUUGUGUAAGAGGCUCAAGAGCUUUCUUGCUGCAUGGCCUCCAUCGAGUCCUUCUCCACAUGUGAAUGAGCUUUUGAUUACACCAGCUGAUUUUGAGAGGAAUCUAGACUCAUGGAACAUCAGCUCAUUGCAAGGUGGUGUAGACUCAAGGGGUCUCUUUCAUAGUUAUAUAAUGGUAUGGAUAGAAGAUAUGCAGCUUCACUUACUUGAGCUUUGCAAGGGAAAAAAGGACAAUCUGUUGACUGAAGUGGUGAAAAGGUUCAAAGGAAGAAACUGGAAAAGAAUUGGUUACUUUUCAGCUAGGUUAACCACAAAGACCAGCUCUUAG